AUGGGUUUCAUCGGCGCCACCGCAACGGGCCUCGUGGCCGGCCUCCACGGCUACAUCCUCGUUCUCGAGAUGUUCCUCUGGACCUCGCCCCGCGGCCGCAAGGCCUUCCGCCUGACCGCCGACUUCGCCGAGAAGACCAAGACGCUGGCCGCCAACCAGGGCCUGUACAACGGCUUCCUCGCCGCCGGUCUGGCCUGGGGCGUCGUUCACCCCGUCGCCGAGUUCGCCGACCAGAUCCGCCUGUUCUUCCUCGGCUGCGUCUUUGUUGCCGGCGCGUACGGCGGCGCCACGGCCAACCCGCGCAUCUUCAUGAUUCAGAGCGUGCCGGCUCUGCUUUCCAUCGGCGCUGUCUUGUCCGGCAUCUAA